AUGCCUGUCCUGGGGUCAUGCGGCCCCAGCCCCGGGGGCAGCCCUGUGCGGCUGAGCUCCGGCCCCGCACCGCCCUACCCGUCCCUCCUCCUCCUCCUCUUCCUCCUCCUCCUCCGGGUGUGCAGGCAGUCCCCGCUGCGGGCAGCCGUGCGGGGGUGGGCUCCGGGCAGGCGCUGUGCUGCGGGACGCACCGCCCGCCCCGAGGCACCGGCUGCGGUUCCGCCGCUCCCGAACCAUUCCAGAGGCUCCUCUGGCUCCGCCGCUGCAUGGACUCAGCGCACAGGUCCCUUGCCGGACCCAGCGGAGGCGGACGGGGCUCCCCUCAGCUCCAGGGAGCGCACCAUGAAGACCUCCAUGGUGGUUUUGCUGUGCCUCGCCGUAUUCCCAGCCUUUUCCCAGGGCAGAGUUGUCGGAGAGGAUGAAGGCGGUUUUGCGGAGUGCAAUGUGUUCUUCCCCGGACGAGUCCCACCCGAGGGAUUCAGGGAGCCGUUCCACGUGAAAAUCUGUCAGCAGUACAACAGAGAGCCGCGCUUCGCAACCCUCUACAGCACGAAGGACAAAAUCCCUCUUUAUUCGGCUUUUAAGUACACAAAGCCAGCCCCAAGCGAGGAGGAGAGCUGGCUGGUGGAGCCGCAGAUAGACGAUCCAGAAAAUGACCUGCAGGAGAUGGUGCACGAAGCUGAUAUCGUUGGCACUGUGGCCAACCUUGGUGCAAAUCAAGCCCUGACCUCAGACUACGUGGGCUCUGGUUACGAGAGAGGGCUGCUCAAUCCCAGCCUGCUCAACGAGGAGGAUUUCCAGAUGGCCACUUACACGCUCACGAACGCCGUCCCUCUGAGCCCAUCUCUGAGCAAAAGCUGGCACAGAGACAUCGGGAGGGUAGUGGAGCAAGCUCUGGUCCCUCACUGCUCCAAGAAAGAUCAUCUGUAUCUCCUUGCAGGUGCAAUUCCUUCCAAUGUCCAAGUUAAAGGCAAGGUGGCAGUGCCAGAGACUCUCUGGCUGGCAGCCUGCUGUGAUGCUCCGGAGGGAUGGUCCCUGGGACUAGUGAAAAAAACGAAUGAUGAGAACAGCUUGGUGGACCUCACGGUGGGAGAGCUGGAGAAGCAGCUUCUAGCAGGAGUUCACUUGUUUAAGGGCAGCUGUGGGGAAGACAAUCAAAGCCAGGAGAAAACAGAAGCAAUAUUGCAAGCUGUCAGUCAGAUCCGCUCCGGAGAGCAAGUAGGAACAAGUGACAACGAGGAGGCCAAAGACAGUGGCUUGGUGAGAAAAGUGGCUGGCAUCAUUGCUACCCCUUUCAUCAAACUUCUGGAACUCCUCAUCUACGUGUUUGUGGAGCUGGUGAAAUUUGUGUUCUAUUUUCUGUGGCUUGUUAUCAAGCGGGUUGUUGGUACAGUUCUGGAUGGAGUCUACAGCCUGUGGAACGGGGUGGUGUCCUACCUUAAAGCCAUCAGCAUGGUGCUCAUCAGCAUCCCCUAUGAUGUGGGGAGGGUCAUCGUCAACAUCUUUCUGGGCUUCCUGGAAAUUGUUCAAGAUGUGGCGUCCCUCACCUACAGGAUUCUGCGCAUCCCUGUGGGGUUUGUCCUUCACCUCGCUGCUUUUCCUUACUACUCCAUCUGUGCCAUUCCCUCUGUCCUCAAAGACUUGGCCACCGGCAUCGGGGGCACCUUCUCCCUGGUCAUCGAUGCCACAGCCACACUUCUGCAUGGCUUUUAUUAUUUGGCUGGUCACAUAGUCAAGCGGUUUGUCCCUAAAGGCUCCUCUGAUGACUUAUAGGGAUGGAAACCAAAGCUGCAAAGACAUGGAGUGGAGGAGGAGUGGGGCAAUGCUUUAAGAUACGUGGCCAAACGCUGUCAAUUUUGUUCUGGUAUUUAUUGUAGUGACAUUAAUAAUAAUGAACCAACUGGGGAGUAACAGGGGAGGCCGACGUAAUGUUGCCGGGGGACGCCACCAUUGUAACUCAAGUUCUGCUGUUGUAAAGUGUUGGGGUUUUAUCGGUGCAGGCCACAAAGUUCCUGUGAUUUUGCAAGAUGCUUCCUCUGGGAGAUGUGUGCUGAAUGUGGUACGGGGUUCUUUCCUUCCAGCAGAAAUAAAACUGGGACCUACGCACUGGCAGA